UCUCGUGCUGAUUGGUGUUACCAUGGAAAGCGUUGCUGUGUAACGCUUAUGGUUCCGGAAGAAGCAGACAGAGGUGUAGCAAUGAGGAAAGAAAUGGACGAAAACUUUCAGCUUGAAGAAGGUGGAGCGGCAAAAAAUAUUGCCAAAUCUGGCCGAAGAGCUCGCCUUCCAGCAGACCAGUCUUCGUUUGAAGAUUCUCGACACACAAGGAAGACCUCCACUUCUGCUUCAUUGGGUGAAGACCCUCCUCCUAAACCGGCUAGGCGGCAGGGUGGCUGGGCUGAGGAAAGCUCGGGGUCUGGUUCUGCCAAAUCAUCAAGAAGACCUGCAGCUGAGGACCUGGAAGACCGUCGCCUACGACCACAAACUCCCCAAGGAUCAGAUGAUGAAGGAGAUAUUCCAGUGAUUCCAGAUCUGGAAGAAGUGCAGGAGGAAGAUCUCACUAUGCAAGUGGCUGUUCCACCGAGCAUCCAGGUGAACCGAGUAAUGACCUAUGGAGAUCUGGACAAUGAUCUGAAGCAUUAUUCUGCAUUCCAAACUCUUGACGGAGAGAUUGACUUAAAACUCCUCACCAAGGUUUUAGCACCAGAGCAGGAGGUGAAAGAGGAUGAUGUGACCUGGGAUUGGGAUCAUCUGUUUACGGAAGUGUCCUCAGAGCUGCUGAUGGAAUGGGAUCAAGGAGAAAAUGAGGAGCUAGGACAGAAGGGACAGUGACUUGUUUUUCGUAACUGUAAUUAAAAUUUGUUACUAAAAUUUAUUUUAAUAAUGGCAUGUACAGCAUUUCUUGAACUUUUUAAACAAAGUUCUCUGUGCAGGAAACAGUGCAGUUUUGUCUUACCAUGUCUUUGUUUACUUUUGUAAAUUUUUUGUGUUUUGGUUUGUUAGUUUUUAACCAAAAGAGCCAGAAAGCAUUUAUCUGAAAAACCCCUCUGAAAAUGUCAGUUUCAGAUACAAAUUUCCUCCUUGCACUGGCAACAUUAUCAACACCCACAUACAAGUCCAAGGUUGAUAAUCAGCUAAGCUGAAAUCCAGUUGAUUGUGUUCAAAUUAACAUUCCUCAUUAAAGCCUUCAACCUUA